AUGGAUGUGAUUAAAAAUCCUGGAGUGAACCUCUACCAAGGAAAAGACCAACCUAAUAAAGGUAAAGGAAAAGGAAAGAGAAAACCGAAAGAUGGAAAGAAGGCAGCAUGUUAUGUGUAUGGCAACGAAGAUCAUAUGUCUCCAAAAUGCCCAGACAGGCUGUUACCAAAGACCCAAUGGAAGAAUCAGGAUCAAUAUGUUGACUAUGGGAAGAAGCUCAAUCUUAAUCAGACUGGAGCAACUGUCCCAGCUACUGUUCCAGCUAUAGUUCCUGGAGCUUCAGCAUCCACAAGUGGAGCAUCAAGUGUAGCGGGAAGCGUUAACACACCUUUGCGACUUGCUGGUACUACAGGUAAUCAAAUGAUGCAAGUUCCUUCUGGAAUGCAGCUCAUGCAGAUUCCAACUCAAGGUGACAGCACUGUUACUGUCCCUUAUUCUAUGAAUGCUAACGGUGAGAUUGCGUUCAGUGGAAUGCAACUCAGCCGACAAGGCUUCAGUGGUGUUCAAGUGCGCCAAGGAUUCGAUGCAACUCAAGCUCAAACUCCGCAAGCUCUGAAAACUGUAUAUUUUGAUACGUCAAAUGUCUUUCACGAUGCUAUCAAGGGAAAGGAUGAGAAUGGCAUUGAUGUCUAUCUUAUUCCAUGUCCUGCUGGUACGACAAAUGUCAAACUUCAAGCCAACUGGCACUAUGCUAGUGAAGAUGAAGAUUUGCCUGAUAUUGCUACUGAAGCAGAUCGAGGUCUGCAGUUUAUUCAAAGCCGCAGAAAGGAAAGAGAUCCAUUUGGGUUGUACGACAGAAAGAUGCGAUUUGUGAAUUGUAAAUGUGUGUAUGUGUUGGAGCAACUUGGAGCAAAUGUCAAACCAGGUGCCAAAGAGACAAGUGCGAUGUACUGUUGUCAGUUAAGCAACUUCAAUAAUCAACCCCAUUUCGAACUUUCUUCAAACAAACAGAAUGGAUAUGCUGGACUCGAGAUGACCUCCAAGAUGGCAACCGUUCAAAAGAACAAGGAAGGAUUCACUCCAAGACAAGUCAAGGCUGCAAUGGAAGCGAGAAGUGCCAUGCACAUACUCAAUGCUGCAAGCACCAAAAGUCUGAAGUAUGCGAUCCGAUCUGGUCUCAUCAAGAACUAUCCUAUCACCGAGGAAGCGAUCAAUCAUGCUGAAGCAAUCUUUGGACCUGACACCUCUACAUUGAAAGGCAAGUCAACAAGACCAACUCCGAAGAAGACGUACGACGACUUCUUCAGUCCACCAGAGGAAUUAUAUCAGCAAAAUCGAUCUAUUACCGUCUGUAUUGAUCACGUGGAGAUCAAAAAUGCUAAGUUUCUCACCUGCAUUGAUACCACUGUGUGUUAUCGCUCAUGUAUUCCCGUGCAGAACCUGAAGACUGACCUUGUAUUUGAAGCAUUGGAUAAGAUAUUCCGCCGCUACAACAAGGCAGGCUUUCAAGUCAAGAUCAUCAAGUGUGAUCGGGCGUUCAUUCCUCUCACGGAUGAUGUGCUAGACGAUAUGGGUGUUACU